GGCCCUCCGAUCGUCUCUGUCUCUGCCCCCGGAGGAGUCUUCGGGGCGCCCGGAGCUUUAGGGGCGCGCGGCCGGCCGCGCUCCUCGCUGCCUUAGCCCCGGGGGCCGGGGGCCGGCAGGCCCUGUCUGCUCUGAAAGGGGCGAAGGAGUGGGGAUCCGGCCCCCGCAUCGCACUCCGGAGGACCCCCAGGCGGACCCCUUCCUGCCCAUGCGGGGCGCCCCAUCUUCGGAAGAGUCCCCCGGGCAGCUGGCAGCUCCCCGCAGCCGCACCCGAGGAAGAAGAGGCGCGAGGCACCGCGCUCAGCUCCGGCUCCGGACACCCCGAUCGGUCCCCGGGUCUGCUGCGCUGGGCUCGGGGCCUCCUCGGACCCCGACCCGGACUCCCUCCACGGUGCCCCUCUGCCCGGUAGCUGUCACGGCCCAGGAAGUAUUAUGAGGAAGGCCGAGGACUUGGUGCAUCGGGCAGAGACACGGCGCUGCGAUUAGGGAUUGCCACUUCCGAGAGGAUGCUGGGAUUCUGCAGAGGGAGACGGAAAUUCUUGGCUGCCUCGUUGACGCUUCUCUGCAUCCCAGCCAUCACCUGGGUUUACCUGUUUGCUGGAAGCUUCGAAGAUGGGAAGCCCGUGUCUCUGUCGCCGCUGGACUCGCAGGCACACAGCCCCAGGUAUGCAGCGUCCAGCCAGCAGGAGCGGGAGAGCCUGGAGGUGCGAGUGCGGGAGGUGGAAGAGGAGAACCGGGCCUUGCGCCACCAGCUCAGCCUGGCCCAGGGCCGCCAGCCUGCACCCCGCAGGGGCAACCACUCCAAGACCUACUCAGUGGAGGAGGGCACGGGUGACAGCGAGAACCUGCGAGCGGGCAUCGUGGCAGGCAACAGCUCUGAGUGUGGGCAGCAGCCAGUGGUGGAGAAGUGCGAGACCAUCCAUGUGGCCAUCGUAUGUGCAGGAUACAACGCCAGCCGGGACGUCGUCACCUUGGUCAAGUCUGUCCUGUUUCACAGGCGGAACCCUCUGCACUUCCACCUCAUCGCAGACUCCAUUGCAGAGCAGAUCCUGGCCACGCUCUUCCAGACCUGGAUGGUGCCCGCCGUGCGUGUUGACUUUUACAACGCGGAUGAGCUCAAGUCGGAAGUGUCCUGGAUCCCCAACAAACAUUAUUCUGGGAUUUAUGGUCUGAUGAAGCUUGUCCUGACCAAGACUCUCCCUGCUAACCUGGAGCGGGUCAUUGUGUUGGACACGGAUAUCACCUUCGCUACAGACAUUGCUGAGCUCUGGGCUGUGUUCCACAAGUUCAAAGGCCAGCAGGUCCUGGGCCUGGUGGAGAACCAGAGUGACUGGUACCUGGGCAACUUAUGGAAAAACCACCGCCCCUGGCCAGCCCUCGGACGGGGCUACAACACAGGAGUGAUCCUUCUGCUUCUGGAUAAGCUGCGGAAGAUGAAAUGGGAGCAGAUGUGGAGGCUGACGGCAGAGAGAGAACUGAUGGGUAUGCUAUCUACGUCUUUGGCCGACCAGGAUAUCUUCAAUGCUGUCAUCAAGCAGAACCCCUUCCUGGUGUACCAGCUCCCCUGUUUCUGGAAUGUGCAGCUAUCAGACCACACCCGCUCCGAGCAGUGCUACAGGGAUGUGUCUGACCUCAAGGUCAUUCACUGGAAUUCCCCCAAGAAGCUUCGGGUGAAGAACAAACAUGUGGAGUUUUUCCGAAACCUCUACCUGACCUUCCUGGAGUAUGACGGGAACUUGCUGAGGCGAGAGCUCUUUGGAUGCCCCAGCGAAGCUGAUGUCAACAGUGAAAAUCUCCAGAAGCAGCUGUCAGAGCUGGAUGAGGACGACCUGUGCUAUGAGUUCCGACGCGAGCGUUUCACCGUGCACCGCACCCACCUGUACUUCUUGCACUAUGAGUCCGAGCCGACCGCCGACCCCACAGAUGUCACACUGGUGGCCCAGCUCUCCAUGGACAGGCUACAGAUGCUCGAGGCCAUCUGCAAGCACUGGGAGGGCCCCAUCAGCCUGGCACUCUACCUGUCGGACGCCGAGGCCCAGCAGUUCCUCCGCUACGCACAGGGCUCCGAGGUGCUCAUGAGCCGCCAUAACGUGGCCUACCACAUUGUGUACAAGGAGGGUCAGUUCUACCCUGUAAACCUGCUGCGCAACGUGGCCAUGAAGCAUGUGGCCACGUCCUACGUGUUCCUGUCCGACAUCGACUUCCUGCCCAUGUACGGACUCUAUGAGAACCUCAGGAAGUCGGUCGUCCAGCUGGACCUGGCCAACACCAAGAAGGCGAUGAUCGUGCCGGCCUUCGAGACGCUGCGCUACCGCCUCUCAUUCCCCAAGUCGAAAGCGGAGCUGCUGUCCAUGCUGGACAUGGGGACACUUUUCACCUUCAGGUACCAUGUAUGGAUGAAAGGCCACGCACCCACCAACUUUGCCAAGUGGCGGACUGCCACCACGCCUUACCGGGUGCAGUGGGAAGCCGAUUUUGAGCCCUACGUCGUGGUGAGGCGGGACUGCCCCGAGUAUGACCGGAGGUUCGUGGGCUUUGGCUGGAACAAGGUGGCUCACAUCAUGGAACUGGACGCGCAGGAAUAUGAGUUCACCGUGCUCCCCAACGCUUACAUGAUCCACAUGCCUCAUGCCCCCAGCUUUGACAUCACCAAGUUCCGGUCUAACAAGCAAUACCGCAUCUGUCUCAAAACCCUGAAGGAGGAGUUUCAACAAGACAUGUCUCGCCGUUAUGGCUUUGCUGCCCUCAAAUAUCUCACCGCGGAGAACAAUAGUUAGCACCAAGACGGGCCACCCUUCGGGGGAGAGACGUUCUAUAAGAGGAGAGCCACUGGCUGUUUGGGGCCCUGCCUUCAAACUCAAAGUCGAGCAGCACUUUUUAUUUUGUUCAUUUGUUUUUAUUUGUCUCUUUGACCCCACCAAGCUGCUCUCACGACAGAGAUGUGGGUCAAGGCCCCCUCUUGCUCCCCUAUGCACCAGGACUGGGCACUGUCCGAGUUUGGAAAAUCAGUUCAUCUACACGAUUCUCAAAUCUGGGACACAGUGGGGUGAGCAAGCAAAGGGGGUGUCUCCUCCCAUGAAACCAUAUACAAGAAGGUCUGUAGGGUGGUCUCAUUGCUUUUUUUAAGAGAAAAAAGUCAGGAUGCUGGGGGUUACCCAUCCCAGGAAAUAAAAGCAAACAUGUCUCUUCUUCCAGAGGAAAUGCACUUCUUUGCCCAGCAGUCCAGCUGGCUAUCGAAGAGGAGGGCAAACCAAUGAUCAGAAUCAACCAUUUGGAAAAAUCCACUGGGGGACAACAUUGUAUUGGAGGGCUCUGGAGGUGCUGUUGGUUGGUUCUAAGCCUCAAGGUCAUUCUCAUUUUGAUUUGUUUUUCUGUGGGGAUGAUAGGCAGAAGGGAGGGGGAUUUUUUGGUUUGAUGUCUUACAUUUGUGUUGGGGAAUUUCCAAACCAGAAAAUCUGAUUUUUUAAGAUUCAACUGCCUCAACCAACAGUGGUCAGGCACAAUGGACCAACAUCUCCAGCCAGUGUUUUUUCAGGCAGCUUCCUACAGGAGAAUCCAAGGGUCACCCCUGGCACUGAAUUCCCUCCUCUCUACAAUCCCGGGGCUCUAGAGAGCCCACAAAAACCAUUUGGCAAGGGUCCCAUCUCUCCAGGCAGUUCACAGGUCUUGGAAGGAGCUGUCUUGGUGCAGACUGACCUUUCAGACCUUUUGAAGAACUUGAAUCAUCCACUUGCACCCCAUUGCUGAAGAUGCCUCCUGAAAAGUAGAUGGGAUUCACGACAAGAAGGGACAAGGUCACCACUCCUGAUUUUCUUGGGGAACCCCUCCAAGGGUCAGUCAGCGACAUUGCCAUGAUGCUGAUGGAAUUGACACUAACCUUGUCCCCUUUUCCUUGGAUCUUCACUCUUCAUGUCAUGUUUACAUGGGUGAGAACUAGAGCCUGUGACCUGCGCUCAGCUGGGCUGUUGAGAUUGAGUGGUGAUGCGACCAGCGAACACUGCGUUCAGUCCAGACCGUCCCUCCCUCUCCCUCCCACUCCUGUGAGAAGCUGCCGAGACACUCGUCCAUGUACAGAGCAAACUCGAUAAACAACAAGUUUACACUC